UGAUGGCGAUUACUGGAACCAACGGUGACAGGCGAAAAAAAGUUUUACAAAUUUUCACGUCACAAGAUUGUUAAUCCAAUUUAAACUUACCUUCCUUAUUUCUCUGCGAAAACUGGUUGAAAAUGGCAGACAAUAACAUAUUUCUGUUUGUUCCAAAUUUAAUUGGAUACGCCCGUGUUGUUUUGGGGCUCGGAUCUUUGUAUUUUAUGCCAACGAGUCAUGUCCUUGCCGCUUCACUUUAUAUUCUCAGUGGUUUCCUUGACGCUUUUGAUGGGCAUGCCGCAAGAAUUCUUAAUCAAAGUACCAAAUUUGGAGCUAUGCUGGAUAUGUUGACAGAUCGCUGUGCGACCAUGUGUUUGUUGGCUACUUUAGGAUCAUUUUAUCCAAGCUAUCUAUUUGUUUUUCAAUUGGUCAUGAUUGUGGAUGUUUCCUGCCAUUGGAUUCAUCUUCACACCUCCAAUGUUCUUGGCAAGACAUCUCACAAAAAUGUUGGUGAAGAGGAGAAUGCCCUGUUGCGUUUCUACUACACUUCCAGACCAUUCCUCUUUUUCAUGUGUGCCGGAAAUGAGCUCUUCUAUUCAAUGCUCUAUCUUCUCCAUUUUACCUAUGGCUACACAUUUUUGGGUAUGAGCGUUAUCAAGAUUUUGGUCGUUCUACUUUUCCCCGUGGCUGUCCUGAAAUUUAUUCUUGCUCUCAUGCAAGGAGGUUCGGCUUGGCGCAAUCUUGGAUACAUUGACAUCAAAGAGAGGGAAGAAUCCGAUAAGAAGCAAUAAUAUCCCCCCACUGCCUAGUCAAUCCAACUUUCCUUUCUGAUAACAAAACAUAAAUAGUCUUCGUAAAAUUAUUUAUUUGUUCUCAAAUUACCAAAUUUGAAGUUCUCUUAUACUUAUAUUCAUUGAUAUUUCAGUUAAAAAUGUUCGCCCAUUCCCAAAGAAGACAAAGUGCAAAAUUUUUCAGACGAGGAGAAAUUAAGUCACUAUCCGAAUGAAGGUUUCCAAUUUUACGUUCAUCCGAAACGAAAGA